AUGAUGUUCCCAUGGAAUAAAUUUAAACUGUUGCUCCCGGGUUUUCGCAACCCUGGGUUCCUGGGUUCGACAGCUGCCACACGGCUGCCGGGCCAGGAACCGUGGGAACGCGUUCGGGCUGGUGCUGGCGUGGAGCAGAGUGGUGGUGGUGGUGCUGCUGCUGCUGACCGUGGGAACCAGAGGAGCAUGGCUCUUAUCGCUUACGCUCUAAUGCCUGUGGCCACCGUGACGUGUCCCGUGAAAGCAAUGAAAAUGAUCCAACACGAAGUGUCAACGCGCAAGCGCGUUCUAAAGAAGAAAGCAUCCAAGCUGCGUGUUGGCGGAAAGUCGGAAGAAAUCCGCACUUACUUGUCCAAGCUCCAGGAGCUCGUCCCAUUUGUUCCUAAGGACAAGAAAUUGUCCAAGUUGGAGGUGAUCGAGGGUGUCAUCGAUUACAUUUGCCACCUCCAGUAUGCGCUGCAGACCCACCCAGCAGUGGUUGGAGCCUCCAACUCCGGCGAGCGGCGACCUCUGUGUCAGCUUGACGAACGCGUCGAGAUGAAUGACACAAGUCUGGACUUCGCGUCAUGAAGCAAGCUCAGUGGAGAAGGAGCUGAAGUUCUGGGGAAAACUGUGAUAACUUGUUCCUUCUUGAUAAAUCUGAUCGCGCGCUGGCUGUGAUGAUAAUGUUUCCUCAGUUCGUUUCUUGUGAGCGCGGUGCAUCUCUUGAAUCGUCAUGUUAUCCUAUUUUCUGGCUUUCGACAUUAAAGUUUUGAUGGAAAAAUGUUUUGAUAUCCAAGA